UGUCCGUGUUUACUUAAAAAAUGCUUACCAUUCUAAUAAUUUUGGUAAUAAUUGUUGCCUACUAUUUUUUGAAACUGAAUUAUCAAUAUUGGGAAAAAAGAGGCAUCCCUGGUCCCAAAGCCAACUUUCUGGUGGGCAAUAUGGGACGGAGUUUCAUUUUGAAAGCUUCACCUGGAGAAAUUUUCGCCGAAGCUUAUCAUAAAUAUAAUGAGUCAGAAAUUGUCGGGAUGUACCGAGCCACGACUCCGGUGUUGGUAGUUCGUGACCCUGAUUUGGUUAAAGAGGUCACUAUCAAAUCUUUUGAUCACUUUAGUGAAAAUGAUUACGAAGUUGAUAAGCGCCACGACCCCAUUUUUGCAAGAAAUCCUUUCGUCCUGAAAGGGGAAGAAUGGAGAACUGUUAGGGCUCAACUAACACCAGGGUUUACCAGCGGAAAAAUGAAGUGGCUGUACCCCUACUUAGAAAAAAUCAGCGAAAAUUUAGUAAAAUUCAUCGAGACUCGAAAAAAUUUAGAUAGUGAUGUCAAAGAAAUCUGUCGCCGUUUCACCCUAAACAAUGUUGCCACUUGCGCUUUUGGCCUUGAAGGCAAAUGUCUUGAACAAGAAAACAGUGAAUUUCGCCAACUCGCCAAAGAUUUUUUCACACCUCCGAGUAGUUUCUUCCUAAUGACUGUCUCCCCAACCUUAUCCAAAGCUCUAGCUGCUGGCUUUAUUAAAAAAACAAUCGUAAAUAAAUUCGUCGAUAUGGUGACCCAAACCCUAAAAUAUCGCGAAGAAAACAACAUCGUCCGAAAUGACUACCUUCAUGUUGUGAGCCAAUUAAAAAAAAACUCAAACAAAUACAAAUUUACCGAUAUUGAUGUCACAGCACAUGCGGCAGGAUUUUUCGGGGAAGGCUACGAAACGAGUUCCAUUUUAAUGAGUUUUGUACUUUUCGAAAUUGCCUCAAACCCCGACGUCCAAACCAAACUGAGAGAGGAAAUAAAUAAAGCGUUUGAGGAGAACGGAAAGUUGCCAUACGAGGAGUUACAAGCAAUGCCUUACUUAGACGGAGUUGUCAAUGAAACGCUCCGAAUCCACCCCCCUAUGUUUUCGCUCCAAAAAAUCUGCACCAAAAAUUUCACCUACACACCCAAAAAUGGGACAAAACCGGUGACCAUUGAAGCCGGAACUCCGAUAAUUUUACCGGUUUAUGGUCUUCACCAUGAUCCCAAAUAUUACCAAGACCCAGAAACGUUCAAACCCGAACGGUUUAUCGGUGAAAAUAAGGAAAAGUUGACCAAGUACACGUUUUUGCCAUUUGGAGAGGGGCCAAGAAUUUGUUUAGGAAAACGGUUCGGAGUCUUGCAAAUCAAAGUAGGUGUUUCUUACAUUAUCAGAAAUUUCGAAGUGUCGGUAAAUAAGAAAACGAUUUUGCCGAUUAAAUACGACCCGAUUAAUAUUAUGACGGCACCUGUAGGUGGCUUGUGGAUUGAUUUUAAGAAAAUAGCGGCUUAAGUAAUGUACUUAUUUUUAUAGUGAAUUAUUAUCUGGUAAGGUAAUUGUUAUAUUUUUUUGUAUCAAAUAAUGUAACCCAAUGUUAUUUAUAAUGUACUAUAAAUACAUUCUCUUGAACAUUUAA